CCAUAUAUGAUUCUAUUUCGAUUAUUAUUCUGAUCGUUAAGCAAUUUUAAAAUUAAAAAUUAAAUUAGAUGCUUGCUCGAUUCAAUUGUAUUUCCUUGUAUAUACUUGUUGAUUCUCUGUAAUACCAGAUGGAACUAAGAUCGACUUUGAUGAUUAUUUUUGAGUUAAUAUGUUGCUAUAUUUGUUACGGAGAAAAGUAUAAAAAAUUUAAUGUCCAUUGUCGCAAUCUUGCUUUUUUAGCUUUAAUAUACAGUGAAGCUACCAUUUUAAACCAUUUGAUGAUGAUGAUUGUUACCAUUAAACUGUGUAUUCAUAAAUAAACAACAACAAUCAUCAACAUAAAAUCGUCAUCAUCGUUGAACAACAAAAGAAUUUCAUCAACAAUCAAGUCGAAGCUAUGACCAUAUGAACGAUUAACUCUAUACUCUAUUGACUUGGGUUUUAUUCGUAUAUCUUUGCGAACAAUACGGAAGACAAUAUAUUAGCUUGAGAACAUCAACAACAUCACAGAGAUCCCUAAACGAAACCAAUUUGGAUAAGAUUCAUUGGAUUAACAAAGAAUCAUUUGUGCAUCGAUUUCGAAAAAAAAUGUAUUCACUACUAUCAAUGCUGAAUAAAAUUAUCUGACAAAUAUACUGUUGGCAUUAAAUGCUUCUGUGUCCAAUAUAAGCAUAAACCGACAAACAUAAACAAACAGCCCCCCGAAAUUGUUCCUUAUCGUUACAAAAAUUGUAGUUGAUUUUUUUCCUUUGUUUUUCCUGUAAAUCACCAUUUUAUUUGGUCAGCCUGUUCAAUUUCGAGUCAAGUAAUUGUGUGUUUAUAUAAAACUAUGGAUACGAUUGUCGAUCCUGUGGAAUCGUUGCGUGAUUCACCACAAUUCAGGAUCACAUUGGAUAAAUAUGAAUCACAAAUUGAUCUUUUUGAAAAAACAAUUACUGAAGUAUUGAAACAAUGUUCAUCGAUGAUUGAAAUAGGCAAACAAUACAAUCGAGUUAAACAUAAUUUUCUUUCAUCAUUGGUUAAUCUCUGUCAUUGUUUCAAUGAUGAACCCGAUAUAUCCAAAUUGAUUAGUCGUUUUAUUGAGCCAUUAUAUGAAAUAAAUAAAUACGAAAAUAUCCUCAAUGAACAACAUAACCAAAAAUUUCAAGAAAAUCUUUCCACUUUUCUACAUAGUGAUAUCGGCACGAUCAAAGAAUUAAAACGACGUUUUCAGAAACGUAGCGAUGAUCUAGAUCUGGUAUUCACACGCCAUUCACAAAUACCAAAGAGUAAACAAUCAGAAUGGAAAGAUGCAUGCAACAUGUUAACAGCUACGAAAUCUUGUUUUCAGCAUUUAACAUUGGACUAUGUUGCUCAAUUAACAUUGUUUGUUAGUAGAAGAAGACAUAUUGUUCUUGAUUCAUUAUUGGCAUUAAGUACAGCCCACGGAACACAUUUUCAUCAAGCGUAUGAAACGUUUGACGACAGGAAAGACUUCAAUUCAGAAAUUGCCAGUCAUCUGAUAAAGUUGCAUUCGGAGAGUAACAAAUUGGAAAAAUCUUUGAACAAUCGACAUCAUUUAGUUCAACAACAUGAAGCAGUCCCGCCUUUAAUUCGUAAUGGUGAGACAAUUCGUAUCGAGGGUUAUCUGUUUAAACGAACCUCGAGUACAUUCAAAUCAUGGAAUCGUCGCUGGUUCAUAGUUCAGAAUCACCAAUUAGUUUAUCAGAAACGGUCAAAUGAAAAAGAAUUGGUUGUCAUGGAAGAAGAUCUUCGACUUUGUAAUGCUCGUCCUGCUGUUGAAAUCGAUAGAAGAUUCUGUUUUGAAGUUAUGUCCCCAACAAAAAGCCACAUACUUCAAGCCGAAUCUGAAGAAUCUUGUAAACAGUGGUUGGCUGCUUUACAAGCUGGUAUCGAUGCUGCUUAUAGCAGUAAUCGUACAUCUGAUUCAACUCUGACUAAUAAUAAAAGAAAUAGUUCUACUUACCUCGAAUCAUCCUCGUUAGAUUCUGUGUGUACCAAUACAUCCACGAAUAGUAAUGGGUCUAAUCCGACUCAAACCAUUGCGAACAAUACAACUAUCUACACGAAUCCCAACAUAUCAUCCUCCACUUCAAACCACGUUUCCUCUAGAUCUGAUGCGACAAAAAUUUUCUUCAUAGCUGGUAAUGAUAAAUGUGCUGAUUGUGGUUGUAACGAUCCCGUAUGGGCAAGUAUUAAUCUUGGCAUUACUUUAUGCAUCGAAUGUUCGGGUGUCCAUCGGUCAUUGGGAGUUCAUGUUAGUAAGGUACGAUCACUCACUUUGGAUCAUCUUGAUUCGGAACAAAUUCAAGUGAUGCUUGGUUUGGGCAACACUGUCAUCAACAAAAUAUACCUUCAGAAAUGGCCAUUGUUGGAAUUACAGAAUGUUGAACAUAAUGAUUGUAAUUCAAGCGAAGAUUCUACAGAAUUAAAUUCCGAAUCUCUGUCAAGUGAGCAACGGGAAAAUGAGAAUCUCUUAUCCGUACCACCGAAUCAACCAAAUACUCAAGUUGUUCUGGAAGAAAUCAGUCCGAAAAGUGAUCGUAAUAAACGUGAAAGAUGGAUAAAAGCCAAAUAUCUUGACAAACUAUUUGUCAAUAAAAAAAUAAAUAUCGAUUCAACCAAAGACAAAAACAAUAUGUUUGAUGUAGAUUUUAAUUAUAUUAGUAAUUUUCAGUCUAAGAUACUCCACUUUAUGGCAAAUCAGAAUUCGAAUGAUUAUGAAAAUUCAAAUCAAAUUGAUUUAAGCGGUUAUUGUUUCAACUUGUUACUUUAUGAAGCAUCUGCUCAAAAUGAUUUGAAAGCAAUGGCAUACGCAUUAGCAGCAGGUGCUUCAAUCAAUUGGCAAAAUCCCGAAGAUCAUAAUCGGACACCAUUAUUUCGGGCUGUUUCCAAAGGAACGAUGACCACUUCGGAAUAUUUGCUUUUGAAUGGAGCCAAAUGUAAUAUUCAAGACGAUAGCGGAUGUACCCCGUUACAUCAUGCUACUCGAAAUUCAAACACUGGACAAGUGUGCCUACUUUUGAAACGUGGAGCCGACCCGUCGAUCAAAAAUCAAAUAAAAGAGGAUGCUUUGUCGAUAGCAUUGGAUAAAGCUUGUGCCGAUAUUGUCACAGUCUUGCGUUUGAAAAAAUUGAAAGAUGAAAUGAGAAACGAUGAACUCGGUUCUCAAAGCGAUGAUACAUUCAACGAAGUUGUCCGAGAUUUCUCACGUUACCAAAUCAUGUCCGAAUCAUCGUCGAAGCAGAAUGAAGAUCCUCAUUAAUGAUGAAAAAUUGUGAUAUAAAUUGUAAAAAAUUGAAUACGAUUUGAUAUAAAAUGGAAUUUAUUUGAUAUAAUAAUUAUUAAAAUGAAUUUUUUUUACGGGA